GAGGGAGGGAGAAAGAGAGAGAGAGAGAGAGAGAGGGGGAGAGAGAAGGAGAAAGAGAGAGAGUGAAAGAGAGAGAGAGAAAGAGAGGGAGAACGAAAGAGAACUUUGUAUGUGAGAAACAGGGCAUCAUUUUGGGGAGAAUUUGUAGAAAAAGGAGGAGAACCCGUCAGUGUUUCUUUCCCCCUCAGUAGGGCACGUUGAGCCGUUACCGGAGCUGAAGGAGGGAGCACGUGAACUGUAACAGUGUGUUUUGGAACUACAGUAGAGACGAAACACAUUGAAUGCGAGACCAUGACGGCAGCUGUCGAUAUGAAACCGACGUUAACUAUAAUAAAAGCUGAAAAAGUGGACGAUCUGGAAUGCGGGGACGUUCCCCUGCUGACUCCGGGGAGCAAAGAAAUGAUGUCACAGGCUCUGAAGGCCACCUUCAGCGGCUUCACCAAGGAGCAGCAGAGACUUGGCAUCCCUAAAGACCCCAGGCAGUGGACAGAGGGCCACGUGCGAGAAUGGCUGACAUGGACGGUAAACGAGUUCAGCCUGAAGAACGUGGACUUCCACAAGUUCUGCAUGAACGGAGCCAGCCUGUGUGCACUGGGCAAGGACCGCUUUCUGGACCUGGCGCCUGACUUUGUGGGGGAUAUCCUGUGGGAACAUUUAGAGAUGCUGCAGAAAGAAGACCCCAAGCAUUUCCCUGUCAACGGCCUGACCUCUAGUUUCCAGGAAUCUCGCUAUACCUCAGACUACUUUGUCAGUUAUGGCAUUGAACAUGCCCAGUGCGUGCCCCCCUCAGAGUACUCGGAGCCUGGCUUCAUCACAGAGUCCUACCAGACCCUUCACCCAAUCAGCUCAGAAGACCUGCUGUCGCUCAAAUACGAGAGCGAGUACUCCAACGUGAUUCUGCGGGACACGCCCCUCAACCCGCUGCAGGGGGAUUACUUCUCGAUGAAACAGGAAGUCGUGUCGCCCGACAACAUGUGUGUAGGGCGCAUCAGCAGAGGUAAGCUGGGAGGCCAGGAUUCAUUUGAGAGCACAGAAAGCUUUGAAAGUUGUGACCGUCUGACACAGUCGUGGAGCAGCCAGUCGUCAUUCAACAGUCUGCAGCGCGUGCCUUCCUACGACAGCUUCGACUCAGAGGACUAUCCCACAGCCCUGCACGGCCACAAGCACAAGGGCACCUUCAAGGACUACGUCCGGGAGCGCUCUGACCUCAGCAAGGACAAGCCAGUCAUCCCCGCUGCCGCCCUCGCCGGCUACACGGGUAGUGGACCCAUCCAGCUGUGGCAGUUUUUGCUGGAGCUCCUUACGGACAAAUCCUGCCAGUCGUUCAUCAGCUGGACAGGAGACGGCUGGGAGUUUAAACUCUCUGACCCCGAUGAGGUGGCACGAAGAUGGGGCAAGAGAAAGAACAAGCCCAAGAUGAACUACGAAAAGCUGAGCCGUGGCCUGCGUUACUACUACGACAAAAACAUCAUCCACAAGACGUCCGGCAAGCGUUACGUGUACCGCUUUGUGUGCGACUUGAAAAGCCUGCUGGGCUACACGCCCGAGGAGCUCCACGCCAUGCUGGACGUCAAGCCCGACACGGACGAGUGAAAAAAUAAAAAACAACAAAAAAAAAACUAACUGGGCGGACUUGGGGCACGAGAGACUUUUUUAAAAUUCCUCUGACGUCCUGGUAACCGUUGGGUGUCCAGUUUGGGUCCAGUCACAUCCUGUCUUAAUACCUAGUCGUGGUCCAGUUUUUUUUGUAUUUGAGCUCAUGACUGCAGCCGCCGCAAAAAGGAAGCAUUCCGAAACAAAACUUUUACCAAAGUUCCUUAGUCUGUAGUGUGAAUGUCUAUUGUAUCCAUAUGCAGCUCAGAACGGGAAGAAAAGAAAAAAAAAACUGGGAGUUUCGAGUAGAACCGCUGUUUUUUUUUGACCCAGCAGCACCAACAACAGACUGCUAGAGAGGGGGAGGGACCAGGGAAAGAAUGAAGGACUCGUUCCUAAAACGGACAUUGUAUGGAUGGGAAGUUCCUGUUAUUAAAUAAUGUUGCCAAAAUUAGAGAGAAAAGGAACUUCGCAGAAAUAUUUACUAUUAAGUUACUCACUGUCACUGUCCCUCCUUGCAUAAGGCACGGACAGAGUUCUCAGAUGGACCACAGAAUUUAACAACAACAAAA